AUGGGAAGCAAUGGACUCUGCAAUCUCUUUUCUUGCUUCAAAGCCUCUUCCAAUCACGACCAUGGCCAUGGCCAUAACCAUAACCAUAACCAUAACCAUAACCAGAGCCAGUUGGUUUUCGCCGAGACCGAGCCAUUGGAUGAAACCCUAGGCCACUCUUUCUGCUAUGUUAGAUCCUCCGCGCGCUUUCUCUCUCCCUCCCAUUCCGAUCGCAUCCUAUCUCCUUCCAACUCUCUCCGCUUCUCCCCCUCUCACCGCUCCGAUUUCCCCGAAACCGCAUUCAAAGCCAUUUCAGGUGCCUCCGUCAGCGCCAACAGCUCCGUCCCAAAAACUGUCCUCCAGUCCGACGACGACGACACCACUCUCAAUGGCUUCAAAGGAACCGCGUCCUUCAGCGCUCUGCCUCUCCAGCCCGCGCCCAGAGGAGGAGAAGCUGUUCACUCUGAGAGAGAGCGGAAGGCGUUCUUCCUCUCUGGGCCAAUUGAGAGCGGCGCGCUCUCAGGACCCCUCGACGACGCCGUUUCGAGCUCCGCUGGAGUGCCUUUCUCUGCUCCGCUCGGGGGUGGAGUGUUUGUGAAGAAGAAGAGGAAAAAGAGCAUUUCCGGGUUGAGGAAAGCCUUCCAGAGGAGUCUCUCGGAGAAGAAACGGCCGUGGGUGGUGCCGGUGGGGCGGAAGGGGAAGACGGAGGCGAAGAGCGAGACGGAGAGCGAGAGCAAUGUGCAGUGGGCGCUGGGAAAAGCAGGGGAGGAUCGUGUGCAUGUGGUUGUAUCGGAAGAACAGGGUUGGUUGUUCGUCGGGAUAUACGACGGUUUCAAUGGCCCUGAUGCGCCGGAAUUUCUCAUGGGUAAUCUUUACCGUGCCCUCCACAAAGAGCUCCAGGGUUUGUUUUGGGAACUUGACGAACCGCAGCCGCAGGUGCAGGGAACUAACCCUGCACCUGAGGUGGUGGAUAGUGAAGCUGAACCCCGGAAUGAGGGGGAGGUGGAAGAAGACUCUAAUUCCCUCCGAGGAUCGGUUAAGAGAGUGACGUUUCAAGCGGAGGGGACUGAGAGUAGGAGGAGAAGGUUGUGGGAAUUUCUGGCUGAGGAGGAUGACGCUGAGGACGGUCUUGACCUUUCCGGGUCUGAUAGGUUUGCGUUUUCGGUUGAUGAUGCGCUCAGUGCUAGCAAGGAGGGUUCGGGAGGUAGUAAACGGUGGUUGAUUUUGUCCAAGUUGAAGCAUGGGUUGUCGAGGCAUAAGGAGGGUCAUGGGAGGAGGUUGUUGCCGUGGAGUUUGGGCGUGGGGGAAGAGGAGAAGAAGGUUGAGGUGGAAAAUCCAAUUGCGGCAGAGGAGAAGGAGGAGAAGGGUAACGGUGGGAGGAAGCGGAAAGUGGGGCCUGUGGAUCAUGAGUUAGUUUUGAGAGCGUUGUCUAGGGCGCUUGAGAUGACUGAGCUUGCGUAUUUGGAUAUGACGGAUAAGUUGAUUGAUACCAACCCGGAGCUUGCUCUAAUGGGGUCGUGUCUGUUGGUUGUGUUGAUGAGGGAUGAGGAUGUUUAUGUUAUGAACGUGGGGGAUAGCCGCGCCAUUGUGGCACAUUAUGAGUGUGAGGAGGUUCAUGCUCCUAGCAAGGAAACUGGAAGUGGUGGAGAUAUUGGGUCAAGCGCGGAGUGCAUAGUGGAGGAGUCGUUGGCUCCGGAAGAAGGUGGUGUCGUUUUGAGGAGUGAGGGUCCUGCUCAGGAAAGGAGGUUGGUUGCAUUGCAGCUGUCCACUGACCACAGCACCAGCAUUGAAGAGGAAGUUGUUAGAAUUAAGAAUGAGCAUCCUGAUGAUAGCCAAUGUAUUGUAAAUGAUAGAGUGAAAGGCCGUCUUAAGGUUACUAGAGCUUUUGGUGCUGGAUUUUUGAAACAGCCAAAGUGGAAUGAUGUGGUGCUAGAAAUGUUUCGUAAUGUGUAUAUUGGCACUGCUCCAUAUAUAUCCUGCUCCCCUUCAUUACGUCACCAUAGAUUAUGCCCUAGAGAUCAGUUCUUGAUCCUCUCAUCUGAUGGGUUGUAUCAAUACCUAAGCAAUCAAGAAGUGGUUUCUCAGGUCGAAAGCUUCAUGGAAAAGUUUCCAGAUGGAGAUCCUGCCCAGCAUUUAAUAGAGGAGCUGCUCCUACGUGCUGCCAAAAAGGCUGGAAUGGAUUUCCAUGAGUUGCUGGAUAUCCCUCAAGGUGAUCGGAGGAAGUAUCAUGAUGAUGUAACUGUUAUGGUGAUAUCACUUGAAGGAAGAAUCUGGAAAUCGUCUGGGAAGUAUGUGUGA